UUCGCCUUGGAUAUUUGUCUGUUGACCUUUCUUUCGCUAUAAAAAUGUCGUUCCAUCCUCAUCCUGUCUCGUCUUCUCAGAUUAGCUCUUUCUUUGGGAUCUGAUUGUGAUUUCGAUGAUCCGAAUGAUUGAUUGUACCCACUGAUCAGCUCAAACAUCUCUGCAAUUCUUACGAGUAGAUUUGGCCAUUUUCUUUUACCGGGUAGCUCUUCGGUUAUAAGGGUUUCGAAGAGCCUAAAUAGAAAGAUAUAAUGCGGCUGAGCUCCGAUCUACUCCUCCUCUCUUUGAUCCCUUUGUUCCAUCUCCACCUUGGUCUGGUUCUAAAAGCUAAUUGAAGAAGAGAGCUUGUGAUCUCUCCUUGUUAGGCAGUGAUCGUUCCUUAGUUACUGUUAUUGCUAUAAUUGGAUAUGAGCUUGGAUCACAAAGAUGCAGAGUCGCACCUUACGAGCACUUCUGCUUCUAGUUCCAAUAAAUGUUGUAAUAAUGGCUCGAGUCAUUUCUCUGGUACUGGAUCUGACGAUGCUCAAGAGUCUGAUGGGGAUGAUAGUGGUGGUUAUAUACACCAAUAUGUGAAUGAAGACUCCAAAUACAUCAUCAAACCGAUUCUCAAGUCUUCGGUUGAUGAUGGUGAAGGUGAAGACAAGAAGAACCUUGCCACCGCUGAGAGUAUGACCGCUGUUACCGUCAUCCCAGCCAUAAAAGGCAGCCGAGAGAAGUAUGGCAAGCCCCUGGAGAAGCUGAGUGUGUCAUGGGCUGAAGAUGUGUAUGAUCCUCCACCCUCCCUUGUAUCUCACACGAGGAGCAAGAAACAGCAACCGCAGAAAUCAAAGAGCAGAGAUAGCUUGAAGAAGAAUGGAAAGAAGGGGCAAAAGGGGAGCAGCAAUUCUUCAUCUUCAUCAUCCCGUGGCAGCAAAGACAAGAAAUCUUCUUCUUCUCGCAGCAAACACAGUCGUGAUAAUAAGUUCGGAUGGGCCACACAAACGUCUAUUGUAGCCGCAUCUUCUUGAAUUGUCUGUGGCAUGAAUGACGCACGUGCGUCUUCCUUACUGCUUUGUCUCCUCUCUCUCUCUCUUGUUUAUAUAUAAAUAAAAAGCUAUGGUCUGAAAACUUCUUGAAUUGUUUCUCUUGUUACAAGAGUUACCACUAGUUUUGUGAACCUUGUGAUGUUGUCGGAUUUCAAGUUUAAAAAUUAUCGUAAUCAUUUUGAUAA